AUGCCUCGUAUCCUCCCCCUCAAGAGUUGUCUCAAAAACGGCCGACGAAAGUCUCUGGAUAGACGCGUCCGCUUUAAAUCCAGCCCUUCGGUUCAUCUAUUCGGCCUACAAUCUGCAACUCGAGGUCCAGUGCCGAUCAACUCUGGCAUUAGUUUGGAUCCAUCAGCCAGAAUGAAUAGCCCGUUUAUCAGCGGCAACUACCUCUUGCCGACACCGACGGCUUGCUACCCAACUAUACCUGUAACUCAGACGACGAUGGGAUGCACACCAGCAACUAUGCUAUCUCCUUUACCAUGGCCGAUCAACCAACACCAGACCUGGUCAGGCCCUGGGGGGACCCAUACGUUCGUUCCACAAGGACCUUCGAUUCCGAUGGGGUCGCCUUAUCCACACCAGCUUCAAAGCUUUCAGAACGGGCCUGGAUGCACACCCUGGCCCCAUACACAUCAGUUGUCUACUCCGUAUGCUCCUCCACCUCAAGCAAUGGCGUCCUGGACCCCCGCACCACAGGCUGUUCCUUCGUUUGCUCCCCCGGCGCAGGCGAUUACGACGUUCACUCCCGGAACGUUCACAACAACCCUGCCUCCUCAAGGUGUCGCAACCUUUGUUUCGGCCCCUCAAGCUGUUUCUACGUUCACUCCAGCUCCUCCGGCCCCUCAAGCUUUCUUUGUCCCCUCACAGCAAGCUCAAGUGAUCACAAGUUCUCCUGGACCGGUGUUGACAUGUCCUCCGUCUGCACUCGUGGGAUGCUCGUCAGUCGGACUUGUUGAACCUCAGCUACAUAGCAGCCUCUCCAGUACUUUCCAGUUCAUUCAAUGGGACAUGCUUUGCGACCCCUCCGACGCAAAGUACAAACCCUGUAUGGCGAGCGCACUUGGCACGAACAACCUCCCAAUGGACGACCCAGCCGUCUCCCCAUCGCACGCAUACCAGAAAUUCGUCCUCCGUAUACCACAUCUGGACCAUAUGGUUACACUCUGGGGCGGCAUUCCCGUUAAACCUUCCUCUUGCAACUCACACAUCACUGUCAGGGACGUUCUGACAUCAAUACAUCAAUACAUGUACACGAAGAUUAGCGAGGACGACGAGAUGUACAUAGAGGGGCGCGUCCCAGGGAAGCUGGAACAAGGAUUCAACAGGCGAAUGCAGGUCUCACAGAAUGCGGCUAGCUUUGAGCAUCAAAGGGGAUAUGUAAGGAUUGAUGCAAUGGGAGAGUGGACGAAGUUCUUGGGUCUGAGACCUGCGAACAUGGGUAUGAGCCCGUGUGGUGGCCAGGGCAGAUAUUACCUUGACAUAGAAUCGGGUUGCUGA